AUGGCAUCGUCAUCUCUCGCCCGUGCUCACCGCCCCUCCACCUCCACCUCUUCCGUCGCCGCCGCCCUCCUCGCCUCCGCCUCGCCCAUUCACACGCGCCGCUUCCUCCAGCUCCACGCGCACCUCCUUCGCACGGGCCUCCUAGCCCUCUCCCCCAUCACAACCACCGCCGCCUUCCUCUCCCUCGCGGCCGCGUCCCUCCCGUCCCACCACGCGCUCGCCGUCCUCGACCACCACCUCACCGCCCCGUCCUCCCUCCCCUCUACCUUCCAGUGCAACUCCAUCCUCCGCGCCCUCUCCGAUCCCUCCGAUGCGCUGCGCUUCCUUCGCCGCAUGCGCGCGCUCGGCCGCCGCGGGAACGCCUUCACCCUGGCCAUCCUCCUCAAGCCCCGCUGCGCGCUCGCGCACGCGCGCCAGCUCCACGCCAACGUCGUGGCCGACGGUCACCUCCGUGACGCUCUCCUCGCCACCUCGCUGAUGAGGUGCUAUUCUAACUGCAGCGACGGGGAUGGCGCGCGCAAGCUGUUUGACGAAAUGCCGGUGAGGGACGCGGUCGCAUGGAACGUUCUGAUCACCUGUUAUGCGAGGAACCGGCAGACAAAGGACGCCCUGAAGCUUUUCGAGGAGAUGAAAGGCCGGGGCAGUGGGGCGGAGCCAGAUGAUAUCACCUGCAUUCUGCUCCUCCAGGCAUGCACGAGGCUGGGCGCGCUUGAUUUUGGUGAGCAGGUGUGGGCGUAUGCGGAGGAGCACGGUUAUGGGGGGGAGCUGAAGGUGCGCAAUUCGUUGAUUGCGAUGUACUCGAGGUGCGGGUGUGUGGAUAAGGCAUACAGGGUGUUCUGUGGGACUCCUCAGAAGAGUGUGGUCACAUGGAGCGCAAUGAUCUCGGGGUUGGCAGCAAAUGGCUUUGGUAAUGAUGCUAUCUCAGCAUUUGAGGAGAUGAUUAGAUCAGAUGUUGCUCCUGAUGAACAGACUUUUACUGGUGUUCUUUCUGCAUGUAGUCAUAGUGGGCUGGUUGACGAGGGUUUUAGUUUUUUUGAUAUGAUGCGAUUUGAGUACGGGUUGAAGCCAAACGUUCGCCACUAUGGAUGCAUUGUUGACCUAAUGGGCCGUGCUGGCUUGCUUGAUGAGGCUUAUGAGCUUGUGACAAAUGAGAUGAAGGUUGCACCAGAUGCGACAAUUUGGCGAACUCUUCUUGGUGCUUGCCGAAUCCAUGGUCAUGUUGAUCUUGGGGAGCGUGUAAUCGGUAAUCUAAUUGAACUGAAGGCGCAGCAAGCUGGGGACUAUGUUCUAUUGCUGAACACUUAUGCAGCAGUUGGGGAAUGGAGCAAGGUAUCCGAAGUCAGGAAGUUGAUGCAGGAAAAAGGAAUACAAACUACUCCUGGCUGCACGACUGUGGAGCAUAAUGGUGAGGUUCAUGAGUUUAUUGCAGAUGAUGAUGCACAUCCAAGGAAGGUGGAGAUUUAUGAAAAGCUCAAUGAGAUAAAUAAGCAGUUAAGGAUUGCUGGUUAUGUUCCAAAUGUGUCAUCAGAGUUGCAUGAUUUGGAUUCUGAAGGGAAGGAAAGUGCCCUCACCUAUCACAGUGAAAAGCUGGCAAUUGCUUUUGCUUUGCUUGUGACACCUCAGCACAGGCCAAUAAGGCUUGCAAAGAAUCUUCGUGUUUGUGUUGACUGCCACAAUUUCACAAAGGUGUUUUCUGGUAUUUACAACCGACUAGUUAUUGUCAGGGACAGAACACGGUUUCAUCAUUUCCAUGGAGGAAAAUGUUCGUGCAAUGAUUAUUGGUAG